AUGGUUGUGUUAAAUGUGCCAGAAGAUGUAUUGCAACAGUCUCUGACCGAGAGCCUCUUCAACACCUUCGUCUGUGACUUUUUGCGUGGUGACAGCUUCUUGCUGACUGCGCUCCGCUGCUUCAUAAUUGGUCGUCUUCUUAUUGGAGUAUUCACCGGUAUCGCUUGCGCCCUUCUGCCGUUGUUCGUUCAGCAGAUCGCUCCCAAGCAAAUAAAGGUAAGUUCUGCUUAUAAUAUCUCUUUCUGGCGUUCACUUGAGCGUUUGUGCACAUUAUCUGUUAGUUGUAUCGGAUCUGCUGUUGCGGCUGUCUUAUCCCUCGACUUCCUUCUCGGAGGCCAAAAUGCAUGGGGUUGGCUGCUAUUCGCUCCGGCCAUCCUAGGAGCGGCUCAAAUUGUUGCCAAUUCGUACAUACCUGAAACACCUAACUACUAUCUUCAGAAUGGCUUCUACAUACAAGCCAUCGAUUCCAUCAACUUUCACUAUUCUCUUGGUUCUUUUAUCAAAAGUAUAAUUAUGCAGAUUUACUACGAUAUCAUCUAUGACGAUGACGAUGAAGCAAUCCAGGAGUACUGGGACAUGGUGCCCGAGAUGCCGAACCAAAUGGGAUUCAUGGAGGCUUCGAUGAGUUCGAACAUACGCAAAGGUGUUCUCUUAGGAACCGUAGUAAGCGCCAGUCAAGUCUUUUCUGGAAGUGUUGCUUCAAUAUCCUAUUCCACGAGUAUGUUUGAGGCUGUGUCAUUUACCAAGGUGUUGAUUCCAUUUCUCCCUGCUCUUGGUGCGGUUUUCUCUAUUAUUCUGACAGUACCAGCGCUGCAACUAGUGGAGACGACGAGCAGGCGAUCACUUCUUUUGAGCACAUUGACGUUGUGUCUUGCUGCUGAUUGCCUAUUAUUGAUAUUUUCUCUUCUCUCCAUGGAAGGAUGGUGGGCAUCAUGGCUCUAUUUAGUAGCAUUCUUUAUCUAUGGCGUCGGUUACAACCUCGGUGUUGGACCGGUUGCAUAUUUCAUUCCUGCUGAGCUGGUACCAGCAGAGGCAGCCGGUGUCUCUCUCGGUGUUGCGGUGGCGGUAAAUUGGAUUUGUUCGAUGAUCAGUACUCUUAUUUAUUAUCCACUUAAUGAGAACGUCGGUGGAUGGAGUUAUCUGUUCUUCAUUAUACCAACAUCACUCUUCCUCCUUAUUCUCUACCUCUUCCUGCCGGAAACACGAUUUCACUAUCGCGCCGAUCCAACAGAAAGCCGACUAUUGGUAGAUUUAGGUCCACCGAAUCCAUAUGGAACUUUUCUUGAUGAAAGUGAUGAUUUGUUUUGA